AUGGCACGCUCCCUCAACCGUCUUGUUGCUCAAUCUCUCCCUCUGUUUCAUCUUCAUCGCCGAGGUUUUGCAACCGCUUCUGAUGUUUCAGCAAGACUUGGAUUGGGUAGUAUAGCCUCCCAGGCUCGUGGGAAGCUGGGAAGCCUCGAAGAGAAGCCUGUGUCUAGAGAUGGCCCAGAGGCCUACUCGGCUUGGGCCCCAGACCCAGAAACUGGAUACUACCGGCCCAUCAAUUAUACCCCUACAAUUGACCCUGUGGAGCUCCGACGAAUGCUACUCAAACCCAAUACCAGAAGAUCAUCCAACUAG